UAUCCCAGAUGUUGAGAAGCCCUGCAAAAAAGGCGCUGUUUGGCUUAAAACAGCACUUGCUCGUGCAUGUGAGCAGAGGGUAUGUUUCUUUUUAGCGGGAGAGGGGAGCAACUUUAGCCUCCUGUGUAACAGCGUUCCUCAGCUGUCUUGGGCAGUGCCUGCUGGGGGGCAGAUGCCGGAAGGCAACACGCUGCUGAGUGAGAAGGGCUCGGGCUGUCUGAGGAUAUCGACAGCCUUGACGAAGUCUAAAGUAAGCUUCUCUGCAGUUUUUCUACGCGGCAGAGCUUAAAGCUGUAUACCUGCACAAGUGGUGGCUGCCGUUGAUAUAAACACUGUCGCUAACGAAGUAUACAAGUAUAAUUUUCCUCACACGCAGUUACUGGCCAAGACAAUUGAAGGUAUUACACUAGAAGAGUUUGACAGAUUAUCUUUCAAUAUGAUUUUAAUGAGCCCUCCCUGUCAGCCAUUCACAAGAAUUGGCCUGCAAGGUGAUGUGACUGAUCCGAGGACAAAUAGCUUCUUAUAUAUUCUAGACCUCCUCCCAAGGUUACAAAAAUUACCGAAGUAUAUUCUUUUAGAAAAUGUUAAAGGUUUUGAAGUAUCUUCUACAAGAGACCUGUUAAUACAAACAAUAGGAAGUUGUGGCUUUCAGUACCAAGAAUUUCUGUUGUCUCCAACCUCUCUGGGCAUUCCAAAUUCAAGGCUACGGUAUUUCCUUAUUGCAAAGCUUCAGUCAGUGCCGUUCCCUUUUCAAGCCCCUGGUCAGGUACUGAUGGAGUUCCCCCAAACUGAAUCUGAACAUCCACAAAAACAUGCGAUAGAUGCAGGAAAAAAAAUUGAAGAAAAGAAAAUUGAAGAAAAGAAAAUUGAGCCAAAUAUUUGCUUUGAUAGCAGCACACAACGUUCUGGAAAAGAGGCCAUUCUUUUUAAGCUUGAAACUGCAGGAGAAAUUGACAGGAAACGUCAACAGGACAAUGAUCUCUCUGUGCGAAUGCUAAGAGAUUUUCUUGAAGAUGACGUUGACAUGAAUUCAUACUUUUUACCACCGAAGUCAUUGCUGCGAUAUGCUCUUUUGUUAGACAUUGUUAAGCCCACAUCCAGAAGGUCCACAUGCUUUACGAAAGGUUAUGGACGCUACAUAGAAGGGACAGGAUCUGUGUUGCAGACGACAGAGGAUGUGCAGAUUGAGAAUAUCUACAAAUCCCUUACCAAUUUGUCACAAGAAGAAAAGAUAACAAGAUUGUUAAUGCUUCAACUUCGAUUUUUCACUCCUAAAGAAAUAGCAAAUCUCCUUGGAUUUCCUCCAGAGUUCGGAUUUCCCGAGAAGACAACUGUCAAACAGCGUUAUCGUCUACUUGGAAAUAGUCUCAAUGUGCAUGUAGUAGCUCAACUAAUCAAAAUCCUAUGUGAAUAAUUUUUAAGUAACUCUGAAAGAUGGUGGCAGUAUUCCAUUAUAUCCAGAUAAUAAUUCUGAAAUUCUUUUUUGAAUUAAUUUUGACAAAAUUCAACUAAAUUAUCUUAUUCUCUCUUUAAUAAGAAUUUGGAUUUAUCAGGAAAAUGCUGUUUUGUUUCCUUAAGUUUAUAUUACUGUGUUUUGUAAGGUGAAAAUUAUUGUUAUGCUUUAGGAGAAUAUCUUUUUAUAUGAAAUUGUUAAAUAUAUAUGUAAAAUAUUCCCUUUAUAAUAUUAUGGUAUAGACAAAUUUAGGAACAUUAGAAUUUUAAUGUCUACAUGAAUAUUUUGUAAAGUGGCAUAACAGGUGUACUAUAUGAACUUGAGAAACUGUAUAUUGUGUAUGUUAAUUAAAGAAGUUGCUUUAUGAAUCUACCAUUUUACUUUUUAAAAAUAAUUUUUCCAUUUCUAAAAUGAUGAUUCUAAUUCUACCCUGUUUAAAAUAUUGAAUGUUUUACUUAAUUUCCAUUUUUUAAAUAUUCCUUUUUUUUUUUUUUUUUUUUUUGUGGUACGCGGGCCCCUCACUGUACUGUUGUGGCCUCUCCCGUUGCGGAGCACAGGCUCCGGACGCACAGGCUCAGCGGCCAUGGCCCACGGGCCCAGCCGCUCCGCGGCAUGCGGGAUCUUCCCAGACCGGGGCACAAACCCGUGUCCCCUGCAUCGGCAGGCAGACUCUCAACCACUGCACCACCAGGGAAGCCCUAAAUAUUCCUUUAUUUUAUCUAAACAAAUGUGUAUAAUAUUUUAGACCAAAUUAUCAUCAUUUACCUUAUACAACAGUCUGAAGAAAAUGUCAGAAAUAGUAAUCCUAAUUCUUGAUCACCUCUCCGUCGGUAUGCCAUAGAACGUGUAGGUGCAUAUUAUCUAAUUAUCUUUAAUUCUACUUCCUUCUGAAAGACAAAAUUCACUGUCUCUUUUUCAUUUGUACAUACCUACCUGUAGUUUGCUAUUUUCAGAGCUUGCUUUUGUCUUCCUUUUCAGCUUCUUGUUGUAAGUUGAAUUUGCCAUCAUGUUCUAAGGAAUGUAGCACAGCAUUAAGAUUUUAGGGAGGGAACUCUGCCCUCUGACCCCAUUCCACAUACCUAUUCUGUGAAUCAACUUUUAUAACUUUAACUUUCUCUGACUCUCCCUCUCCAUAGACUUCUUGGAAUUAGGACUCUAAUCAGAUUAAAUCUUGCAUCAUAAAUCCUGUGGUUUUGAUUUUGGUGAUAAAAUCAAGUGACAAAUAGAAGAGAAAUGAA